AUGGCGAUUCUGCGUCUGCCAGAUGCGGACGCGGAGUCGCUUCUGAAAAGCGGUCGCGUUAAGAUUGGCUGGGUUAAUUGCAGAAUCCGGGCUAGAGUGGAAGAAGAUGGGUGCUUUAGAUGCCUUUGCUACGGCCACUUGGCACGAGGCUGCGGUGGCCCAGAUCGAAGGAACGCUUGUUGGAAGUGUGGUGGCCCGGAUCACAAGAGCAGGUCCUGCAAGGGCCCAGCUCGUUGCAUGACUUGCUCCGACAAGGGGUCCAAGGAGAUAAGCCACCUUCCGGGAAGCAGGGCUUGUCCAGUUUGUUGGGGAAUCCUGUCUGGUUUAAAAGCCAAAGUUCGGGGUCCUCCAGGUUAA